GAACCUUUUUACAUUGAUAGAAAAUUAUCAGCGUUAUUCCCAUUACUUAGCGUGAAUCCUAUUGUUAAGUGUGACCUUAUGACAACGCGCGUCGAAUUGAGGAAAAUCGCUGUUAAUGGACCGAACCCUUCGCGAUUCGACGACCCGAUUGCCUUGAAGAUUGUAUUAGAAGUCUUUGAGAAGGCCCCUGAAUCGGUUAUUGAUAUUCGCUUCACCUGGUCUCCCAUCUGGGACUUUCCUGUGGAUCAGAGUUUGGAUGAGUUGGAGGUCGGCCCGCUAACAAGCCUAGGAAAGCAUGAGCUUUUAAUAGAAACAGAUCCCCCAGAUUUUCGUAAGAUUCCCGACCCAACUGGACCUACUGCGCUGCUUGUAUCCUUUUCCUACCUUGGGAGGGAAUUCCUGCACGUCGGCUAUAAUGUUAUAGUCUCGUGCAAAGGCGAAAUUCCCGACGUUUUUGAAUCCGCAGACUGCUUGACUCGCCAACUAGGGCGUUGUUUUACGAAACCCAAAGGUAUUUCGUGGGACGCACCUGAAAUCGAAGAUCACCACAGGGAUGAUUCUAAAUGCAAUCAUGAAGAGCAGACAUCAGAUAAAGUUUCACAAGAAAGCUGACCAUCUGGUCCUUUCUAUUUUUUUUUGUUUGGUUUUGAGACGGGAGCCACUUAUGGUCUAAGCUAUUGACGUUAAAUUUUAAGUUCAUAUGCUUAGCCCAGGAAGAGUUCCAGGUUUCCUUCACACGCAAGUACAAAAUCUAA